UCAAACGUUGUUGUAAUGAGUGUUUUGUGUGUUUUAAGGCUCACGUUUGAGGGAAUGUGCGCGCACUUGUAUAAACUCUCACAUGUAUGCGCAAGUCCACCUGCGCGGAUACCAAUAUACAUGCGCAUGUGUGCAUGCAUACCUGCGCGCGCUGAGUAUAUAGUCUUUGGAAGCAGAAAUGAAUUUGGCGUUACUCGGACUUAACAUGAGGCGUGUGUGUGUGUGUGUGUGUGUCUGUGUACACCUGGCACUCUUCGGCACUCACACUCCAGAGUGAUCAACAACACCCUCAGCACCGCAGUUUAACCACGAGUGCCUCGUUGGCACUCUGGUGGUAGUUUGGUGUCCAGGCGUAACUAACCGCGCUUCAGAGAGACUGAACAGACUGUUCGGCACGACGGGCCACUGUGCAGCCUGUAACAAGGUUAUUCCCGCCUUCGAGAUGGUGAUGAGAGCGAAGACUAACGUUUACCACCUGGAGUGCUUCGCCUGCCAACAGUGUAACCACAGAUUCUGCGUCGGCGACCGGUUUUACCUGUGCGACAACAAGAUCUUGUGCGAGUACGACUACGAGGAGCGUAUGGUAUUCGCCAACAUGUCGUAUUCCUCAGACUCUCUGGCCCACAUCAAGCGACAACAGCCUCCGGAGGAAUCUGGCUUAGCUCAACGUGGCAACGCCGCUACCCACAGCGCGGCGCUACCCCAGCUGCCCGGCCAACAGCACCAGUUGGGCAUGAACGGCAUGAGUCUGGGUAGUGCGGGCAACGGGCCGGGCACGUCAGGGAUGAUCUUGCCUACCCCGCUGGGGGACCGUGGCCCACUGGGGGACCGUGGACCCCUGGGGGACCAUCAACUGGGGGUCGGCGAGGGUGUUCUCAAGGCCCCCUCGACUGCGCCUCAACAGGCGAACAGCUCCAAUCAGGCGGUGGCCGACGAUGCUUCUAGCGGCUACGGAAGUCCCGACUCUCUAACGAUGGAGGACCGAUGAGACGCGGCCGGGAGGGGGCGCAAACGUCGACGAACAUGACCAACACAGCCUCCAUCGCACCACCUGCCGCAGGUACCGCCGCAGAUGUCGCCAAUGCCGCACGCAUCGUCAUCGCAGGCGCCGCAGUUUCCUUUCCAAAUGCCGCAAAUGCUGCCGCCUCACCUGUCGCAGCUAACGUCACCCAUGAUGCCACUGCCACCGAUGCAUCAGCAACACCGGCGGCCGCAGGCGGCGCUACCGCAGGCGGCGCUGCCGCACCCGCUACACUCCCAAUCAGCGGAGAUGUUCCGGGCAGUGGCAGGCCAGCCGCAACAUCAGUGGCGGCCGCCGUUUUGAUCAGCGACGCAGGCGCCAGAAGCAUUUGUACUGCAACGCUGCUCUACCGGCGCGCGUGUCUGCAACCACUCUAGCAAUGGCUAAUGGCCUCGUUAAGUCAUAACGCAACUGGGUCAAACGGCAAUGGUAGCGAUGGAGGGCCGUGUUGAUUGGUAUUUACCCUCGCGAGUAAAGCCCCCCUCCCCCCCCCCAAGGUCUGUCUCUCAAUCUGUCCCGAAUACAACUCAAAACUCCUGCAAAUCAAUCACCAAGUAAAAUUUUGAUCAACAAUCAACAUUUUAUAACGGCAGAAGCCCCCCCCCCCCGCCUCCCGUUGAGGA